AGAAGGUUCAUCGCACAACACACAAAAGUUCUCUAAAUGAAUUCAUUUGUAUGAGUUGUUGUUUAAAAAAAGAAAAGAAAUAUUAUUAUUAGUGCUUUACAUAUACAUACAUAUAACUACUACCGUAUCUAAUUACGAGAUUAUCGAAAACUCGAAAAACACCAUGAGCGACAAAGAAGAUUUGGAAGAUGGCGAAAUUGAGGAUGACGAAGAGGAAGAAAUGCCCGCCGAAGGGGCUAAUAAUGAAAAUGCCAGCAAGCCAGACGGUGAUUCAGAGCAAAAAAAGGCUUCAGAAAAGAAACCUGAGAAGAUUGAGAAGCGAAGUGGCUCGAUGGAAGAUGACUGGACAACAAAUGUCGAAAAAACGAUGGCAAAUAUGUUGAAAAAGGCAGGCGUUGAGCCACCAUUGCCGAAUAUCACGGCAAAAGAGCCAGCGGAAGAGCCUCCCGUUCCCAAAAGUCGAAAGCGUCGCAAGCCAAAGUCGGAACGGAACAAAAACAAGGAAAGUAAAAAGGCGGCGGAUAAUUCGACGCCCCAAAAACGACAAAAAAUGAAUGAAGAUGACGGGGAAGAGUAUGCCGAUGAGUAUGAAAUGAUGAAUGUUCGAGGAGGAUCGCCGCCCCCGAAUAUGGGAACGAUUGUAUUGGAUGAUGAUUCUGUCAAGGGAUCUUCUGAUGCGGAAAGUUACGACUCGGAUGAGUAUCGGAAGAUGUCGUAUGAGGAACGGAGACAGCGGAGACGAGAACAAAUGCGUCAAAAUCGGAGGGAACGUUCGAAGGAACGAGAACGCGAGGAUCGAAGACGUGAUAGGGAGCGAGAACGUGAUCGACGGGAUCGGGAAAGGAAUGAUGACCAUUACGAUCGUCGCGAGCCCCGAAAACUGGAAAUUUGCAAAUUCUACUUACUCGAUUGUUGUGCAAAGCGGGACAAAUGUAGCUACUUACAUUCAGAAUUCCCGUGCAAAUACUACUACCUAGGCAUGAAAUGCCCCCUGAAAGACUGCAAAUUCAAUCAUGGCAAGCCGCUAACCGAUCAAUUCCGUGGCAUCCUGUUGAAGCAUUUGGAAACUGCCCCAAAGGAGAUUCUCGGUGACUUUCCCCGCAUCGGGCGCGAAAAAGCUCUCAAACUCAUGGAUGCACAACACUUGAAGCUGCUCGCGCGAGAACGUGGCGAAAAAGAACCCGACACACUCUCAAACACGCCCAAUAUUCCGUCGCUGCUGGACUCGAUAAUGCCGAAAAAUCGCAACAACAGCCAAGAAAAUCGUCAAAGAAGAUCGCGAUGGUGCGACAUGAAUAUCCCGCCGGCGCCAACGCUGCCCGAUGAACAACAAACCCCCAAAGCGAGCAUUCCGGAGUACAUGAACAUCAAAAAUAUGACGGGAAUUUUGACGGCGAAGCAAAUUGAGCAACUUUUGGAGAUGGGAAUCGAAAGUGUGGACCAAAUAAAGCAAUUGACGCUGCUGCAAAUGGACAAUAUUGGCUUGACAAUCACGCAAAUCAAGGAAGUGCAAGAAAAUGUGCAAAAUUUGGAGAAAGUAAUGCUGGCGGAGAAGCAAAAAGACGAUGAAAACUCGAGAACGCCUCAAGCAUCGCCAUCGCCGCCUCCUGCAACAACUCAGCCAUCUGUGAUAAACAAAGAUUUGGAUUUGCGGAUACCGCCGCCCGAUAUUAUCGCGCCUCCCGUCGUCGUUGACGUCGAUUUGAGAUUUCCGCCGCCUUCGACAACGACUUCCCUAUCGAGUCUUUCCAAUGUUCCCAUUACCAGCAGUGUGGCGUUACAAGCUUUAGACACCUCGAAGCCGCCUCCCUCCGCAGAAAUCGACGAACCACCAAUCGACCCGCAAAAACUGCAAAAUUUCCGUGCCAUGUUCGGCGGCAGUUCGAGCAGCUCGAGUCUCGUCGACUUUUCGCAGUAUUUAAAAGAUGCCAGCAUGAAAGAAUUGUCCGAUGAACCGGCAAAAGAUGACGCAACGCCAAAAGACGAACAAAAUUUCCCGGAAGACGACGAAUCCGAGUUGCAAAUUGACGAGUCGUGCUACAGCGACGAGGAACGCGACAAGAAAAACGAACAAAAGGAGGACGAACCAAAGUCGUCUGACGAAACCAUCAUGUCGCCGGUCCACACGCAAGAAUCCAUCAUCGCCACCCUCAAGGAACUCGAAAAAAUGAAGCAAAAGGAGCAGGAAGAGAAACAAGCGAUGCAAAGUACGUCAAUUUCGUCGCUUCCGACGACAGCUUCUUACAACCCAGCAAUUGAGGGUCUCAGCACUUUUAGUUCGUUUUAUGAGCCAGCGCCCGAAAAGACGGAAAAGCCAUCCACGGAACGUGUUAGACGCAUAUCAAAUGAAAUAAAGUCGCCGUCGUUGAGUGACUCGGCAGACGAAAGUGUCAUCAAGAGACCAAGUAUCUACGAUCACUACUCGGAUGACGAUGAAAAUGAUGAUUACGGAAAUAUUGCGAAGAAAACGGAUAAAGAUAUGCGGAUGGCAGCCAUUGAUACGGACACGGGAGAUAUCGACUUGCGUCUUCCAUUCAAGCCAAUUUUAGCGUCGCUUAUACCAGCGAGUGAGAUAAAUGCGUCGAUAACGGCGCAUCCACCAAUCAGUUAUAAGGUUCAUGAAAUAGAGAUUCCAAAGCCAUCUUUCCGUGGACUAAAACACGCCAAAGGCUCCCUAGAGAACGUGAAUGAUCCGCGACUCGUUCGUCUCUUAGGCUUAAAAACCGAUUCUCGCUCGAGACGUGAUUCGCGCUCAUCUGAUUAUGAUUCCUCCGCUACUCCAAGAUCGCCUGAUCCGGUCCCGAACAAGCCUGCACCUCGUUUGGAUCCUCGUCAACGCCGCCGAGAAGAAUUAGCACAACAAGCAUCCUCCAGUACGUUGAUCUCGUCGCCCAAUAGCACGAACAACAGUCACAACGUCAAAGAAUCCAAUCAGCUCGACAUGCCAGGCCUCAUGGUACUCUUACAGAAAUCCGGAUGGUACCAACAACUCAAUUCAAACAGCAAAAUUAGCGUAAAUCAAACACUCGCACGUCUCUCGGGCGAAAUCAAGAAAUUCCAUCAAGAUCCGGCAUCGGAUAAAGUGUUCGAUUUAAGUCUCGUCGCCGCCGAUCCAAUAAUUCAACAUAUCCUGAACAACUUGGGCGUGUAUCUGAAUGAGCACGGAUACUUUUGUCAUGUGGACGACACGCCGAAGCAACCGCCACCAAUUUUGCCCAAUUUAUCGCAACCGCCGCCCGGUACCUUGCCAAUGAAUUUGCCAGCGGGACUCGAUUUGAACGUACUAAACAACCUCGGAUCGAUUUUGCAGCAGCAACAACAACGCCCAAACUUUAUUCCGCCGCCGCGUCCUUCGUUGCUUGGCAUGCCGCCGCCCUUACUCACAAAUCCGCUGCUAAGUGAAAGCGUUUUAGGGGCUGCCAUGCGAGGAUUGUUACCGCCAUCGUUGAAUGUGCCACCGCCUAAUCUCAUAAAUGAUAAUUUCAAUCGAAGAGCGCCGCCUCUGCAACAUAACGACAGACGCGGGAACAACUGGGGAGGUAAUAAUAACAGAAGAAAUAACGAUUAUCGAUCAGAUCCCCGUAGAAAUCGCGAUUAAAUUAAUUUUUUUUAUUUUUUUUGUAAAUAUGAACAAGACUUUGUCCCAUGGGAAGCAAUAUCGAUGGCUUCCAUUUAAAGCAAGUAACGCGAAAAAGUUUUAAAUUGUAUUGCUUUUGAACUUUGUUCCUCUUCUUCGCCACUCAUUAACAGCAAUUUAGGCUAAUAUUUAACUAAAAGUUAGAUUUUAAGUAAUAAAUUUACUUCUUAAACA